AUGUCCUCCGUCCGCCCCUUCCACGCGCUCGACCUCUUCCGCUUCAACGCGGCGAACCUCGACCCGUUAACCGAGAACUACGACAUCAGCUUCUACCUAAACUACCUCGCCCGCUGGCCCACCUACUUCUGCGCGAUGGAGAACGCCAGCGGCCGAAUAAUGGGGUACAUCAUGGGCAAAGCCGAGGGUAGCUACUGGCACGGACACGUAACGGCGCUGACGGUAGCACCGAACUACCGCCGGCUGGGACUGGCCAAGACGCUGAUGGACGAGCUGGAGCGCGUCACGGACACCCUCUACAAGGGCCACUUCGUCGACCUGUACGUCCGCGUCAGCAACGAGAUCGCUAUCGGAAUGUACGAGCGCCUCGGUUACUCUGUCUAUCGCCGCGUGGUCGACUACUACUCCGGGUCUAGGCCCGGCGAGCCGGAUGAGGAUGCGUUUGAUAUGCGGAAACCCAUGAAGCGCGACAAGAAGCGCGAGAGCGUGCGCGAGAACGGGAGGAACUUUAGGGUGCUUCCCGAGGAUGUUUACUGAUGAGCUGAGCUGAGCUCGGAUUACCCCAUAUUCUGUUCUGUUCUGCGAUGUUGUAAUGUUUCAACGGAAUUCGGAUGCAUAAUGCUGGACAAAAAAAAGGGCAUGAUAGAACGUAGAUGGGCUGGAAAUGGCGCAAUUCACUGGGUACUAGGUACCGCAAUAUUUUUCUUUCUUCGAUUGUAUGAACUUGUAUGGACUUUGAAGCUAGAUUCCCGGACAGUAACCGAGUCUUUUCAACAAUCCCACCUUUCGUCGCCUGUCUGCUGGGAGAGUAGUGUUGUAUGAAUGGAU